AUUGGGAACAGUCAUAGUGACAGUCGCUCAUAGGCAGUCAAUCGGAGAUAGUCGACUGAGUGCCUGCGUUUGUCCGUUGCUUGUUCGCCUGCUACACGCAUGCGUACAAAGUUCUUGUGUCGGUCAGCUUCGCCAGUAAGAACUACUAUGAAUUUGUGACGUGUGGAUCGUCAAAAGACCUUGACAGUUGCAACAGUUUGAUUAUUUAUUUGUAUGUCAUUAACGACGAAUACAUUCACGGAAGACGGGUCAAAUCUGUGUGGUGUCUGUGUGUGCUAUUAAUUGACUAUUGAAUGGUUUCUGUGAAUUCCAAUUAGAGAAGAAAUCAGCACACCAAUUUGCCCCUCGUUGGGCAAAAUGCCGGACACAUGCGGCCUGGGUCCCUGCUUCCGACCGACAUGGCUGCGAAAGUACGCAACGCCCCGCGCCUUCCUAGUUGUGUAUGGUCUACUAGGCACUAUACAGGCGAUGGCGUACAUUUACUUCGUGGCCACGCUUACCACCCUGGAGAAGAGGUUCAAAAUUCCCAGUAAGACGACAGGCAUUGUAAUGAGUGGCAAUGAGAUCAGCCAGAUCUUAUUAUCACUGACGCUGUCAUACUACGGAGGGCGAGGGAACAGGCCAGUGUGGAUCGCUUGGGGCGUCGCUGUGUCUGGAUUAUCUUGUUACAUCCUGGUUCUGCCUCAUUUGGUACACGGGCCAGGAAGGGAUGCACUAGCUCUCACCGAAGAGUACCUGGACACGCACUUUUACAACAUGACGCCCGAGAAUCGAGACGACUCGCUGGCUGUGUGUUCCGCUGAUAGCUACGACAAAAUAUGUGGAGACAUGGCAUCUAUGAUGCCCCUCGUCCUCACCUUCUUGUCUCAGUUCGUGUUAGGGAUAGGAUCAACACUGUACUACGCCCUGGGACAGCCCUACCUCGAUGACAACGUCAAGAAGACGGAAACACCAAUGUUACUAGGCUGUAUUCUUGCUUUCCGGGCACUAGGUCCAGCGUUGGGCUUUGCGCUUGGUUCUGGGUGCCUCAGCGUGUACAUUGACCCAAGUGUCACACCGGUUAUUACGAAGAAGGACCCGCGAUGGCUGGGAGCCUGGUGGCUGGGCUGGAUUAUCCUUGGCACUACCAUGCUGAUGUUUUCGUUUAUUAUCGCGCUCUUCCCGAGGCACCUGCAACAGACAAAUCCUAGAAAGGAUCUGUCCAUCACUGAGAACCCUAAGAACACGACAGAACUGCUGCAUGAGGAACAACCACUGACCAAGGCUAUGCUCACCGACUUCAUGCCAAAUGACCCAGUUUCAAUAAAAAAGAAGGAAAUUUUACAUAUACAAGACGCUACUGCCACAAAGGGGGAAGGUUUCAAGAUUGCCUUGAAGAGACUUCUGAAGAACCAACUGUUGAUGGCUAACAUCAUGGCAGGAGUGUUUUAUAUUCUGGGGGCAUCAGGCUACAUGACCUACACGAUCAAGUACCUGGAGACGCAGUUCCAGAAAUCAGCUGCAGGGGCAAAUAUCAUAGCAGGUGUACCUGCCAUCUGUGAAUCUAUGAUGAACACAUUCGAGGAACUUGGAUGGAUUGGGAAUGAAGUGGUUGUGGCCUAUUUCAGGAGUAAUGAAAAACAACUGUCUAACUCUGUUUUAACUUUCAGCCUCCAAAUCAUAAAUGAGUGCAAUGAGAACUGCCAUUGCAAUAAUCUAAAGUACACUCCAGUCUGUUCUGAGACGAAUGGUGUAACAUUCUACUCUGCAUGUCACGCAGGCUGCGGCUACGUGUUCAAUAGUUCUAAGGGUUUUGGAAACUGCACCUGUUUGUCAGAUGGUGGAUUCAGUAAUACAAGCAGCACCACAAGUACAAACACAGUGAUUGCUGGACCCUGUCCAGUCAACUGUGGCUACAACUUUAUCAUCUUCCUGAUUGCUACAUGUAUCAUGCAUAGCCUUGGCAGUUCUGGCAAGAUUGGCAACAUCUUAGUGAAUUACAGGUGUGUGGUGCCAAAAGAUAAGUCAUUUGCUCAGGGAUUAGUUCUAGUACUUGUGAGUCUUCUUGCCUUCAUUCCAGGACCAAUCAUAUUUGGAGCUAUUAUUGAUUCUGCAUGCUUAGUGUGGGAUGAAACAUGUGGAGAGAGGGGAAACUGUUGGCUGUAUCAUAAGGACAACUUCAGGUUAUACCUGAACCUUACUGCUGCAGGUUUAACUACAGUAGGAAUGCUGCUCGAUGCAGUGGUGUGGUGGCUUGGAAGAAAUCUGGAGUUAUAUGAGGAAACAGACACAAACAGAAAAAAAGAAAACAGCAAGAAGCACAGUUUCCAGCACCUGAAAUGACAGCUUUUACUGUGAUAAUAAAACCAUGUACAUUUUCAUACCAACAAAUUGAAGUUAAAGAUUAAUCUGUUCUUAUAUUUCAUAAACUGAAGGGAAAAAAGAGUUGUAACCAAAAUAAAAAUAUCACAUAAAUCAGUAAACUACAAUGCAAACUUUGUUACAGAAAAUAAUACUUUCAAUAUGAGUAUACAUAAAGAAAAAUCUUGUAAAAUGAGUAAAGCACAUUGUACUGACAUCGUGUCAUUCAAAUGCAUCUAAGGUAGGUCAUAACAAAGGUAAAUUUUGAUUUUGUUGUACUGUACAUAAAACCUGCAUGGUGUAGAAAUACAAGGAUUAUUUUCUCCAAAUUCAAAAAGGUACAAAGGUUCACAAAUUCCAAACAGAAAGGUGAUCUAAAAUAAAAAUUAAUCAUGAGGACUGGUCUGACAGAUGCAGUACUACUAUUGCAGAUGCUGUAAGAAGAAUAAUUUUUUUUGAAGCCAACUACUUUUCUCAGUAAAACUAUAUUACAAGAAAUUUGAAAAACAUCAAUAUGACAUUCCUGACUUGGUCUCUGAAAAUGAUCUUUAUCAAUGAUGAAAAAGUUCACGCUAUCUAGCAUAUUUUCAAUCCAUUGGCAUACUGUGAUGGCUGCAAUACCAUUGGUGCACUUGGGUGACAUCAGGUACUUUUAAAUGAGCAAUAGCACAAUCUACUCAGUGAGCAAGAGAUGUAGAGGUCUUCUGCGACACGUCUGAGGUCUGCUGAAAAUCUUUUAAUUGCUUUCAUGUAUGCUUUUUAACUAAACACAAUCAAAUAGAAUUCCUAUGCCAAGUGGUCAAUGAGGUUAUCUUCUUAUUGCACGAUGGCUUAAGUUUCAGAACCUAUCAUCAACCAAUCAACAAUUAUUGUCAUAUGUAUUGAGUUACCUUCUACGUGGGCAGAUGACAAGAGUCAUAAGAUGUUCAUGAACAAAUUAUGACCACCUAGGGUCUAUAAUAUUUAAGUUUGAAAAUAAAAAUAAGAAUAUUCACGUUUCUUUAUAUUUAUUUCUCUUGUUUCAAGAAAACUGACAGUGGCAAUAUGCAUACUUUUUAAAAGAACAAACAAUCAUCUUACUGUAAAGGAACACUUAAAAUACAUAUUCAACAUAACAGUCAUUAUGUCAAAGGCAUAGUACUUCGGUCACUGGCCGAGAUUCAAGCAAUGUCAUGUGCAGCAAAUGAGUAAUAUUUUCCCAAACAUUCUGUAAAUUUCUCCACAUGGAAUCAUGAUAUCUCUUUUGGAUAUUCUUAUAGACAGACAUCUGGCAGUGUGAGAAAUACAGUUCCUCUGGAAAAUCAGGCACCCUGCCUGAUGCAGAAGGGCCAAGGCUUACUUUGGCUACAUGGGUGUAACACCAUAUUACUUAAAUCACCAAAUCCUGAGGUACAAGGUUUCUGAGAAGAAAUGUUACCAAAUACCAUCAAGAAAAUAUAUGCAAAUGGGUGUCUGACAUCUGUUAGAGAGCUACAUUCCCACCCCCAAAAUAGACUCAUAUUUAAAUGCCACCAAAAUAGGACACCAUAUUGACACUUCUGCCGCGCUGGCAUGAUGCCAAUUUCUGGUAUGGUAAUACUUUUGCCAAUGUCUGUAUCAUACAUUUUACUGAUAGCUGCCUUCCAAACUCAGUGUUAGUGUUUAUCAACCUACUUCAACAUUUGGUCUUCCAUGAGACAUUUUAAACAUAAAUGUAAAAAUCUGUCAACAAUAAACACUUUCUCAAGCA